AUGAUUAUGAUAAAAAAACUCCUUUGUCAAUUAUUUUCUGCUCGAUGUCAAUUAACAUCUCUUCGACUUGAUAUUGGCAACGAAUUUCGGUAUGGUAGUAUUCAUAGAUGUUUCAUGUCAUAUUCUCAUCUUUCUUCCAAUUUUACUCAAUGUCAAUUUCCAUCUUGUUGUAUGACUCUUCGUCGUAUAUAUAUUCGUCUUAAUCAGACGUGUUUUCUCGAAAAUCUUAUUGAACAUGUACCUAAUCUCGAAAAACUGCUUGUAGACUUUCAUUCUUCAUUAAAUCACGCAUCAUCAUGGUCAUCAAAUAUUGAAAUUUUAAGGCAAUCAAAUGGAAACUGGUUUCAUAAAGUACCAAAAUUACGAUAUUUUAGUUUAAAAACUUUCAUUUACACCGAUUUAGAAUUUAUUUAUUUGAAAUGGCUUCUUAACAAUUUUAAUUAUGUUGUGAAACUUCAACUUCAUCUUAUAAGUGAUAAAAUUAUUGAAACAAAGUCUAAAAAUAUAUGGAAAUCAUUUAUUGAUGCAGAUUUCAUUCGUCAAUAUUGUUUACCUGAUAUGAUAAUUAAUUUAAUUGAUUUCAAUUUUUAUAUUUGUACACAAUGUCAGUUAUCAAUUAAUGAUAUAGAAAACAUAACUAAUUCAUUUAAAAUUAACUCAUUUUUUAUUUCACAUCAAUGGACAAAUGUUAAAUGUUUAUUUGAUCCAAUCAUGUCAUGUCAACAUCUUUUUUCUUCUUUUAAUAACACGCUGGAGUUUUCUAAUAAUUUUACUAUUCGUCCAUGUAUAUUGAAUUGGCCAUAUAUUGACGAAUACUCUACUCCUCAUCAUCCAUCAUUGUUUUUAUUUCUCGAACAAUUUAAUAACCUAUCUCCUGAUAUUUCUUGUAUCAAUGUCUAUAAAACUCAUGUUAGUGUACCAAUAGAUCGAAACGAAUUACGUGAACAAGUACUUGCUCAUCUCAUUUCAAUGCCUGUACAACUUAAAUGUCUUCGAGUCGAACAAUUCGAAUGGCUCUUACAUGUUGUUAAAUACGCAUCUAACGAGUUAAGAAUGAAUGCAUUAAGUAGUGUUCAAUAUGCUGAAUUUUGUCUUCCGAGUUGUCACUCUGGCUACAACAAAACAAACCAUAUUGGUAAAGAUCUUGUGCCUUUUCUUAGCACAUAUAUGCCUCAUUUACAAACACUACGUCUCUGGCGACCAGAUGAUUUUCUUCUCACAACGAUUCGACCAGAUAAGGGAAUAAGACGCACGAACCAGGUUCCAAUUCUACGAUGGAUCAAGUCUUUAAAAACACCCAAAUCAAUUGCUCGACACGCAGUUGUUUUUGAACAAGAUCUUUGCCAAUUGAUCACAAAAUUAAAAGAAUUUACUUUUCUCGAUAUUUAUGGAGACAUUGACUACGAAAAAGUUCAAGUUUAUCGGGCAAUGGUUCAAGCUCGCUUUUCUCAUAGUCGAGUAGAUGUUGAAAUAUCAAGAUUUUGUCUUUGGCUUUAA